AUGUGUGAUCCGCUUGGUGUCAAACUCGUCAUUACGGUACGUUUUAAUGUGCGUCUUUUUUGGUCUAGAUAUCAGUUUGAAGCGUUUAGGAAGAAAAAAGGGAUUUGUGGUAUUGUACUCUUUGUGAAAUGUUCUUACUCUUUCUGCCGAAGAGCCUUCCUGCUUAGUCCCUUUCCGUUUUCCUUUCUGUCCCAUUUUUCCUCGCCGAAUUGUGACGAACAUGCUUCCAAUUAUCUCGUUUCCAUUCUCGGUCUCUCUCCCAUUUUGCUCUUUUUGCAACCGCACUUGCAUUGUGCCCUGCGGCGCAAAAAAGUCAAAGGUAAACAAGGCACGCGGAGAAGAUAUUCGGGUGGAGAGGCGUGGGAAUCCUGCGAUGAUUUUCAAUCUUUUUCGAGUUUUUCCUCCAGAAAAAUGUUGCAUGAGUCACGGAGACCGCGAAUGGAAACGAGAAACAAGAACAAAAGUGUCCGGGUGCAAUUGAGUCGGAUUACAGGAGAUCGAGGACAUGGCACCUGCGGCGAUAUCCUGGUACUGCUUCACUCAGGAGGAGAAGAACGAUCUGGAGCACUCGUGGAAUCUGGUCGAAGCGAAGAAGAACCACAUCGCGUGCGACAUCUACGAGAUGAUCUUCAACCAGGUCGGUGAGAGGCCCCGUGACGCCGUUUUCCGUCAACAUUACCCUUCUGAUUACCCUUGGAGGAGAAUUGAAACAAGAGUCCGUCUUCCAAUUUCCUUUCAUUUCCCUCGCGCCUCAAUUUCCUUUUCUGAGAAUGAAAACUGCAGCGGGCCUUUGAGAGAUCAAGAGAAUCAACUAAUCAUCUGUGACCUCUUGCAGUGUCCGGAAGCCCGCCGUCUUUUCCCCAAACUCAAAUUUGUCGGAUCGAAGCCAGACAGAAAAAACAAUGAAUUUGCAUUUCAAGCAAUGCGCUUCAUGCAGGUUUGGUUCCGUUUCCGGAAAAAAACAAUAGUGAUGAAGAAGUUUCAGGUGAUCGAAGGAGCAGUCAAAGCACUCGACCACCUCUCUUCUCUCGAUGUUAUCCUCGACAAUCUGGGACGGAGACACGGAAAGUUGGAAGUGAACGGAAAGUUCAGGUGGGCAGACGUCUGAUCUUUGCGCAUUCCGAUCCUAGUUCUCCAGAUCUUACUACUGGUCCGUGUUUCUCGAGUGCUCCAUAUACUGCCUUCGCCACGCAUUUUCGAAGAGAAUGAAUGACAAAGACGUUGACCACGUCAUCAUUCUCUGGCGGUAUUUGUUGCGCGAUGUGAUGAAGAAAAUCAAGGUGAGAUCAAGGUGCGUUUUCAAGUAUGAAUGCUCAUGUUCACAGGCCGGAACGACGGCGGACAUUGCCCACCGCAUGCAUCAAAUGAGCAUCGACGAUUCGAGAAAGUACUCGUUGCCAGCCAUCCAACACAAGGAAUCGAAUGCUUCUUCGGCUGAGGUAGGGUCCCUUUCAGUCGUUGUUUUUCUGCGUGAGCUUCACCGUAAUCUUUGCUUAUUCAGACCCUACCUUCCUCUAAAAAUCGACCGCGCAACCCUUAUUCUACACAAAUAAUUACAGACCGACUUUGACGAUAUUCUCUGA